AUGGCAACAUUUCAGUUGGUAAUCAUUCCUACUUCUCAUGUCUCUAGCCAUCCUCUUCAUGUUGGCUUAACUUCAAAAGGACGUCAAAAAAUUACCGGAGGUCAAGAUGAUGUUAAAUUUAUUAUUGUCAGUUUAAGCCAAUCUGAUCGAUAUCAUCAACCUCCUUACCUCUACACAACAAGCUACUUAGUUAAUUUAAACUAUAUAUCUGACUUGGAUAUUAAGUUACAAGACUAUCAAUACCACUCAUGCUUGUUUGUGACUGAUUUUUUUCUCAAUCAUUAUAAUAUCAAUAGAGAAAAAUCUGUAGUACUGCAAUCUGUUCAACCUCUACCAUUGCAAAAGGUAAUCUUAACCACUUCACAUGAACACACCUACGAUAUCAUUAUUAACAGCGAUUUCUUGUCCAGCCUACUCGAAGUUUUAAGAUCUUAUCGUGUUUUAGUUCGGAAAAAUGAUGUUCUACUUGCACCAGUAAUAGAAAAUGAUGAAUUAAGUAUUACUACGGGUGGUCAUCAUGUUUAUCUUAAUAUUAAAUGCUUAGAUUGUCAGCCCUUUGUACAAGGCUUAUUAACACCUCAAACUGAAAUUGUAAUUGUCAAUGCAACGAAUACAGCUUCAUCAUCGGUGCCUUCACAUGGACAAGACUAUCUUCAAGUGGAUACUUUGAAUGAUGCUGUCAAUCAUCAAGAUGAUGAUGGUAAUACUCUGAUGAUUUCUCAAUUUCUAUCAAAUUCUCCUGUCAAACCUAUAAAGACUAUAAAGCGCAUCACCAGUGAUGAUCCUCUUAAAACAAAUCAACUUAUAGUGAAAUUGCUGCUAAAGCCUAUCUCCAAGAAGAGAAGAUCCAAUUUAAAAUUAAUUCCUGAUGAUCGAUGUAGGAUUGGAAUAACACUUGACACAUUAACGUCAUUAAGUUUAUUUGAUUGUAGCUGGAUCAAAAUUAGUGUGUCAAGAUCUAGCAAAACUAGUUUUACAAAAGAAGGUAAUGAUAAAAUAUGGAGGCUUGUACAGUUAGUUGCCAUAGAAAACGAUAAUCAACAUCUUUCCUAUACCAAUGGAACCGUAUAUGUAUCUCCACUCCUCCUGUUUAAUCUGCUACCUAAUCCAAUGGAUAUGACAGAUAUCAAUCUAUUAACUGCUGAGUUACAGAUACCAAAUAAUGAUGAACUUGUAGCAGAAGAUAUUAAUAAAGAUCUUCGAUAUGUUAGUCAAUCGUUAUGUUGCCAAGGCUAUCCACCCUAUGCAAAAUCAAUUCACUUAUCAGUUGUUAUGUCCCCAAUGGUUACUUCUAGUACAGCGUUUGUUGACAUCCUCACACGAGUUAUUGCUCAAGGGGAUCUGAUAUGCGUCAAAGCAGAAGGAAGAGGGUUAAAAGGAAUUCCAACAUGUUCAUAUAUUUCGGGCUUGGAGAGAGUGUAUGAUCAGUUACAAAGCGUAAUCUUGCCCCAUUUACUCCCUAAGUUAAGUACGACUUCCGAUAUGAUUUUACCGUCAAUUCUUCUAAAUGGGCCACGGUCAUGUGGUAAAACAGCAGUAGUCUAUAAUGUUUGCAAAACAUUAAAUAUCCACCUUGUCGAUGUUAAUGCAUACGACUGCUGCGGCGAUACUAGCUCAUCUACUGAAGCAAGAUUGCAAUCUGCAAUUAGGCAAGGCAUUUCUUGUAGACCAGCGGUAGUACUUUUACGUAAUAUCGAGACUUUGUUUAAAGGGCCUGCCGGUUUUGCAGACCCUCGCAUCAUAGAAACUCUGAAAGAGUAUUUAUUUGGGAUAUCUGAACUUGUCGCAGAUUAUCCCCUAGUUUUCAUUGCAACAUCUUCGAAUCCAAAGGAUAUACCAGCACAAGUUUUCGGAUAUUUCUUACAUGAAGUCAAUGUAGAGUCACCCACUGAAGAAGAAAGAUUAAGAAUGCUAAUAGAGCUUACAUCCGAAAUAACCUUAAAAGAAGAUGUUGAUCUAACGUAUAUAGCAAAGAGAACGGCGAUUCCAGGUGUUACUUGGGAAGAUGUAGGAGGUCUUGCAAACGCAAAAGCAGAAAUUCUAGAUACCAUACAAUUGCCCUUGCAACAUCCAGAACUUUUAGCUGCUGGUUUAAGACGAUCAGGGUUAUUAUUUUAUGGGCCACCAGGAACUGGAAAAACGUUAUUAGCUAAAGCGGUUGCUACUGAAUGUUCUUUGAAUUUUUUAAGUGUUAAGGGUCCAGAACUUAUUAAUAUGUAUGUUGGACAGAGUGAAGAAAAUGUUCGCGCAGUUUUCGAGAAAGCAAGAAAUGCUAGCCCUUGUGUUAUCUUCUUUGAUGAAUUGGAUUCGUUAGCUCCAAAUCGUGGAAAAAGUGGCGAUUCUGGAGGAGUUAUGGAUAGGGUUGUUUCGCAAUUACUAGCUGAGCUGGAUGGUCUUAAUACGGCUGCUGACGUCUUUGCUAUUGGUGCUACUAAUAGACCUGAUCUAAUUGAUCCUGCAUUGCUACGACCUGGAAGAUUUGAUAAAUUAGUUUAUCUUGGUGUUAGCGAGGACCACGAAUCACAGUUAAAAAUCUUACAAGCUUUAACAAGGAAGUUUAACUUACAUCAAGAAUUUAGCUUACAAGAAUUCGUAAAGCAAUGUCCUUUUAAUUUGACUGGUGCUGAUUUUUAUGCACUUUGCUCCGACGCCAUGUUUAAUGCAAUUAAAAGGCGUAUUAACGAUAUUGAAAUAGGUUUAAGCGGUGAUGAUGAAGUCGUAGUUACUGGAAUGGAUUUCAAUAAUGCCUUGACUAGUAUCACUCCUUCUAUAUCUGUGGGAGAGUUGAAGCGUUAUCGCCAAAUUCAAAACAACUACAAAUAUGCUAAAUAA